AUGUCCUACGAAAAAUCGAAGGCUGAAGAAGCUGUCGGGUCUACUUCUGGCUAUCAAAACUAUGAGACGCAAAACCCAGAACCCUCGGUGACCGAUGACGAGGACAAUUACUCUACCUCAUCGUCCGAUGCCUACUCCAAUGGACCUAGGCGCCUGCCAGUUAAGAGGUUUGUCGAUUCUUUCAAGCCUAUUAACAUUGAGGAUGACGGUAUAGAUACCUCGCAGAUGACUGAAAUGGAAAAGUCUAUCUACGCUACAGCUAGACACCCCUUGGCUCGUAGAUUGAAGUCCAGACACUUGCAAAUGAUUGCUAUCGGUGGUUCCAUUGGUACCGGGUUGUUCGUCGGUUCUGGUUACGCCUUGGCUGAAGGUGGUCCAGCUUCUGUCUUGAUCGGUUAUGCCUUGGUUGGUUACGCUAUGUUCGCCGUUGUGAUGGCUUUGGGUGAGCUUUCUGUUCAAUUCCCGGUUUCGGGUUCUUUCAACGCCUUUUUCUCCAGAUUCUUGGAACCAACUUGGGGGUUUGUCUUGGGUCUCUUGUAUGCCAUGUCUUGGUUGAUCUCCUUGCCUUCCGAAUUGGUUGCUUGUGCUUUAACAAUUCAAUACUGGAACACCUCAGUCAAUCCAGCAGCUUGGGUCGCUAUUUUCUACGUUGUCAUCAUUUCUAUUAACUUGUUUGGAGUCAAGGGAUAUGGUGAAGUGGAAUUUGUUUUGUCUAUUAUUAAAGUCAUUGCCGUUGUCGGUUUCAUUAUCGUGGCUAUAUGUAUCAUUUGCGGUGUAGGUGAUCAAGGGUACAUUGGUGCCAAAUAUUGGCACAACCCAGGUGCCUUCAACUCUGGUUUCAAGGGUGUUUGUUCUGUCUUCAUUUCAGCUGCAUUCUCCUUCGGUGGUUGUGAAUUGGUAGCCUUAGCGGCAUCUGAAACUGCAAACCCAAGAAAGUCCUUACCAAGUGCCACUAAGCAAGUCUUCUGGAGAAUCACCAUUUUCUAUAUACUUACCGCUAUUGUUAUCGGAUUCCUUGUUCCGUACGACAACGAAAGUUUACUUGGUGCCGGUGACGUUACCUCUUCCCCAUUCGUUAUUGCUAUUGUUCAAGGGGGUAUCAAGGUCUUACCUUCUAUUAUGAAUGCUGUCAUUUUAAUUGCAGUUAUCUCUGUCGGAAACUCUUCAGUCUAUGGUUGUUCUAGAACUUUGGCCUCAUUGGCUGUGCAAGGUUUGAUUCCCAAAAUCUUUGGCUACAUUGACAGAGAAGGUAGACCAAUGGUUGCUAUUGUAUUUACCAACGCUAUUGGGUUAUUAUGUUUCCUUGUAUCAUCAGAAAGUGAAUCCACUGUUUUCACUUGGUUGUUCUCGGUCUGUUCUUUGGCCUCUUUCUUCGUUUGGUUUGGUAUCUGUGUCACUCACAUUAGAUUCAGAAUGGCUUUGUCAGCACAAGGUAGAUCCACUGACGAAGUUGCCUUUGUCUCGCCAAUGGGUGUUUGGGGUUCCAUUGCUGGUGCCGUUAUCCUUUUCUUAAUUGUGAUUGGAGAAAUAUGGGUUUCUAUUUGGCCAAUUGGUGAGGCUGCUAGUAAUAUUACCUUCUGGCAAAAUUGUUUAUCCUUGCCAUUGACUAUAGUAUUAUGGGCUGCACACAAGACUUACUACAGAUCUUGGGGUUUAUGGUGGAUUAAGUUAGUAGAGAUUGACCUUGAUACCGGUAGAAGAGACAUUGAUGUUGAAGUCUUAAAGCAAGAAAUUGCAGACGAAAAGGAAUUAUUAAGAACUAAGCCAUUUUACGUUAGAAUUUAUAGAUUCUGGUGUUAG